AUGUCUGGUGAUCCUGGUUACCACAGAAGGCGCAACAUGAGCGACGCAGCGGAAGCCUUUCCGUUCAUUGCCAUCGAGGCAGCGUUGAGCGUGGGGCUCACGUCCCUUCGGCCGUGGCUUCGCCAUGUGGGCCGUUUCGUUUGCACUUACUUAGAGUACAACUACAGCAUGAUGAAGUGCAAUGUGGACUUAAAUCAUGCCAGCGCUGAACAUCAGUUUCUCUUUGUCAGAUGCCAAGGGACAACGUCCCAAGGGAGUUCGGAGACCUGGUUCGUUGACAAAUCGGUCCAAAGGGUUUCAACCUGGCGUUUCAACUUCCUGUUCGAUCCACAGAAGGAUUUCUUCGCACAGGAAUUCCUGGAAAAGAUGUACAGUCGUGAGCGAUUGGAUUCUCAUCGCUACGAGGUGCUGACGGAGGAGGCGAAUUACAUCGCCUUCAGCUGCGAGAGCGGCCUCUCCGAGUCGUCGGUGGUGGAAACCCAUGAGAUGGGCUGCAGUUGGGGUGGCUAUAACUCGGUGUUCAAUGGCCUUUACUGUUUCAGCUACAUGUUGCGAAUUUUGAUGCACCUUGGUGGAGCUACAGCCAUCGAGUCAAAAGAGUUGCCCACGGAUGUGACAGCCUUCUUUGAGGCGCUGGACCUCUACUUUCCACGUGCGGAACCUCAGGGCCGCCCCCGAGUCGAUUUGAUCUCGGCGAGCACCGCGCGCAGUGAAAGUCUCAGAGCGACAGCGCUUCCGCAGCUCAGCCAGUUGGAUCUUCAAGAUCCGCAGCUUGGCUUCGACGGUGGGUUGAAACGACCUCUCUUCUGCUUGGGUCCCUCGUGUCUGGAUGCCUUUCAUCGGCUGCCCGAGGACGGUAAGGAUUACAAAGCUGAGGAAAUAAGUUCCCGGAAAGCAGGCUCAGAACACCAAGGGGCGCCACAGGAACUGAAGCAGAACCCAAAGAGACCUGAACUCGAGGCGGCGCCACCUGAUGCGUCCGGCAAGAGCCGAAAGCCGAAUCGUCGAAGGUCCAAGGGUGAAGAAGAGAAGUCCUCCAGCCCCGUGGCGAACGUUGUUGCAGAAAUGGUGCAAUUUGUUCGUUUGAUACGACUUUGUCCGAACUCGAAGCUGCCAGAUGUUUUUCUUCCGCAAGCCACGGCGGGCACCUUGGCAACGGUGUGGCGGCUGAGGCCAAGCCAGUGCCUGAGCAGGGUUGGCAGUGAGCGCCCAAUGCGCUCAUCGGGAGUUCACCAAGGGGAGAUCGAAGCCAGGCAACAGAUGUUAGAAGCCUCUUUCCUAGGAGUUCAAAGCAUCCCUUGGUCACCCUUGGUCUAUGAAUUGGUUGUGGCACUGAAGCGUAGAUAUAGGGCCACCGGUGCUCGUGACGCAUCUGUGGCAGAGGAUGGCGCACUGCUUCGCACCCGCGUGAUCGGGCGUGUCCGCGACACGGCCCCUGCACGAGUGUGGUUGCGUGCUUUCGAGUCGUUGCUGAAGCCGACAGACAUCUCGAGUACGGGCGGGAGACACCAGCAGAGAGAGGGAAUGUUUCUGGCUGGUUGGAAUGAAACAUUGCGGUCGCAUAGCGCGGUUGUGCCGCUGUGCUCACCAUGGGCGCCAUCUCGCACCAUCUCGCAAGACGGCUCAGACGGCAAGACGGCGCAAGACGGAACAGACACAACAGACGGCGCAGACGGAGUGAAAAGAUGGCCGGGGGAAGGAUAUGAUGCACUGAUACCAGCCGGAUGGCAAUUUCUGUGGACCCUGCAACAUUUCUGGUUGCUUCUGAUUCCGUGCUUCGCACUGCGGGCAGAGCGCAAUGAAAUCCAGGAGUGGACGAACAGCAGCGUCGGAGGUGACAGCUGCAAAACCAAGUUGGAGAAAGAGUAUUGCUGUUCCAACCAUCGAUCAGGAAGCUGUAAGGACGGAAAACGGCGCAUGUGUGAUGAAGAGGCCGGCAUGCAAUGCUCACUGACCUUCAGGGGCUAUCUGUGCCGAUGCCAAAGCGAUCGAUGUUAUAACAGCGACACGAAGCAGUGCAUGAAGAAAGAGGACGCAGAUGUGCUUACAAAGGCAAAAGGUCGGCCUUUGCAGAUGAGGGUGGAAGAUGCGCUACAGACACUGUUUGGUUAUAUGAGCAGCGGUGUUGGCACCGCUCUCGGGACGGUCUUUAGCCCUUUUCAGACGAUGGCAAAGCAUGGAGCCAUGUCCUUCGCUGGUCGCUUUGCACGGCAUACGCUGAAUAAAGACAUCGAGAAAGUAGAGAAUUGGCUGCACUACGUCAUGGCCAGCUUUGUUUUAGACCACGACGAAGCCCCGAAGAAGUAUUGCAACAAGGCAUCAACCUUGUCCAUCGGCUCUGCUAAAGUUGAUUAUGGGAAAUGUUUCCUCUCUUUGGCAUAUCCAGAUGGCGCUCCGCUCUGGGAAGGCCCGGUCUACUCCUACAGCGAUGGCAGAGGAAACGACUUCAACAUCUCCUUGAUGGUGAAGGCCAAUCAUAUCCGCUGCUUAGAGAAGCUCCAAGUGCAGAAGUCCCGAUGUUUCGGAAAUAUGAUCGCAGAUGGAGGCAUUUGUCAGUUGGAGCUGGCACCUCCCAAUGAUUGUCUCCUGAACGUGACAGACCUGGAGGUGGAGAUUCUUGGUGAAAAGGAUGGCCACCGGGCGCUGACCCCAGGCCCCAAGAGUAAGAUCUAUUGCGAAGGCAAGUGCAAGGUACAGGAUCACAUCAAAGGGAUGCUGACCUGGGGAGAAGCUGACAACGCCUUGGAGAUCGGCCGGAAGGUGUACAUCUGGAAGGAAGGCAGCAAGAAGUGGAACAAGAAGUGCAAAGGUGAGUUAAUGACCAUUCAGAAAAGCAUCAACGCGUGUGACUUGAACGGGAAGAACUGCAAACGGCAUUGUUUGGUCAGCAGCGAGGGCAAGGCUACAGUAUGUUUUCACGCAAAGAAUCUUCUGACUGAAAAAUAUUGCGAGUCUUGGUGGAAGUCUGGGGCUCGAUAUGCAUUGUCAACGAUCGGCAAUUGGGUGAACACCGAGACGAGCGAUUCCCGUGUCACCUUGGUGUACCGUAAAUUCAACGCCAUCCUGAAGGAGGUCAAAGUUCGCACGGCUGCUUGGAACUCCAGGAAUCCGAGGACCAAGAGUAGCAUCACAAAGAGUUUUGAAAGCGCAUUCGGGAGUUUAAAAAGAGCAACCUUCGGUUUGAUCAGUUCCGAGAAGAACGCUACCCAGAAGCAAUUGGACCUCAUCAAGCAGUACGAUUUCAACAUGCAACCCAAGAGGGAUAAGAGAGGAAAUUUCGCUGGCUAUGAAAUUGUGUCCUGCAAAUGGCCAACUUGGAAUAACGACACGCAAGCAUAUGACAAGCCGCCCCUCAACAAGUGCCAGAAGAUUCGCUUGGUGAACCUCCAAGUCUUGGCCUCUGAAGAGAACUAUUUGCAGAUUGAAGAGAUCAGUAGCUCACAAAAGCAAGAGAGCUCCGUGAGCGGUGGAUCUCCUGGAUUGGUUCUGUCGCUGGUGACCAAAAUUGCGCAGAUGAUGUUCGUUCGACACACGGCAACAAUCUCCGCACUGGAUACCACUGGGAAGCCCAAGUUCUGCAAGGAUAUGUGGACUCCAGGAAAGACUCCCGAGAAGUCCUAUGCCGUCGGCGUGGAGUGUAGCGCCGCGAAAACGGAUCAGGAAGCAGGAGAGGAUGAGGUCACCACGGAUGGCAUCGAUGCGCGCUUUGAGUUCGAAUUCGUAGAGAUGCAGCCUGUGUGGAACGAGGCGAAGAAGAGGAACCAGCAGCGUAUCGGAAUUCGGGGUGGCUACAAUUUGAACUGGUGUAGAGUGCUGGCAGAAGCAGACCCGAAGACGAAAUUGAAGGCCGGCUCGUUGGUCUGCGAUUUGGAGCUCCCGACGGAGGAAGGCACCAACCUCCUCUUGAAUUCCACUCUCCCUCUGGAGGCGCAGUUUCGCCUGGAGCAGACGGGCAAGAACGACCUGCCCAGCAGCGUGGUCAUCUCUUCAAGCGCCUCUGAGGAUAGCUGCACUGGAAAGUGUGAAGACGAUGAAUCCCACGUCAAAAGCCAGGUCUCAGAGGAACUCUAUGACUCCGCCGGAGUGGAGGAAACCCUGGAAGUUCGCUUAGUUUCUGUUCUCACUGAGAAGUACUGCAGAACUUCACAGCAGACCUUCAAAACGUGGAAAGGGUUGAACACCAAGAAGAAAACACUCAUGGCCUGCGACACUGACACCGAAGCUUCGGAUGCCAAUUUGCUAUCCUUGUGGGGAAGUACAGAUGCUUUGACGCCUUCGAAGUAUUGGAAUUUCAUCAUCGUCCUGUCCCUAUCGUGCCUGGGCAGUUCCAUUGGCUUCACGGGCAGCAACUGGGCCUCGCUCCUGGGAGGAGCCGGCGUGGUCUUUACCUUCGCCUCAACGCUCGUGGGCACGGCUGCCGGCGCGGCAAGUGGCGUCUACUUGACGGAAUACCUUUCAGACAACUACCAUUUGGACGGCAUCAUGCUGCGAUACAUGAUGAACGACAAGCUGCAAAGCGCAGGUCAACAGAUUCUUUAUCUUAUCGAGUCAGCCCUGGACUUUGAGCUUCCGAGGCCCUAGCAGUGAGCCCCACUCCCGCGAUGUUGUUACACUCCUUCUGCGCCGGAUCGUGCGUGGUGGUCAA